AUAUCAUAAAUCUGGUGAACUUUUGGAUUUUCUUGUGUUUGUUGCCAUCUAUUGAACUAUUUUUUGUUUCUCCUGUGAGACAUAAUGACAACAUUCAUUCCGAGAAAUUCGUAUUCAGAGCAGGAGCUCGAGACUCUAUUCCCCAAGGAGCUUGAGCUACAACUAGUACAGAUUCUUCUACGCCACGGCGAGCGAACACCCGUGUCACCUCGAUUCCAAAAUGCCGGACUCAAACCAUAUUGGCCGUACUGCAAUGCUGCACGACAACUCGCAAGUGUCAUAAUGACUACCAAGGAUCUCGACACACUCAAAUACAAUCGCAAAUUAGAGACGUUCGGCACAGACGACGCCGCCGUAUUGGCCACAGGCCCUGGUGGAGAGUACGACGCGAUAUGCCAGCCCGGGGAGCUCACCGACAAAGGUCGUCACACAACUCUCACUCUCGGUCUGCGCCUACGCCAUCUCUACGUCGACCAGCUCCAGUUCAUGCCCAAGAUCCUUUCCGAUGGCGACACGGUUUACCUUCGCGCCACACCCAUGCCCAGAGCACUGGAAUCCGUCCAACAGGCUUUCUAUGGAUUCUACCCACCAUCUGCCCGGACCGAGAACUUCCCUGCCCCAACCAUCAUCACGCGGACACCUGCAGAUGAGACGCUGUUCCCCAAUGAUGCAAACUGCAGACGCUUCUCCCAGCUCAGUCGCGCUUUUGCGCAACGUGCUGCUGACAACUGGAACGACACGGAGGACAUGCAGUAUCUGUCCAAGUUGUAUUCGAAGUGGAUGCCCGGUGAGGCUAAAGUGGCCGUGGACUCCCACCCCAGAAUCUCAGGCAUAAUGGACACCAUCAACGCGACUGAUGCCCAUGGUCCCGCGACAAAACUGCCCAAGGAAUUUUACGACCCCAAGGCGCGCGCCAUCAUCGAUAAGAUCGCUGUAGAAGAGUGGUUCAAGGGCUACGCCGACUCCAGCGAGUACCGCAUGCUCGGCGUCGGAGCACUAAUGGGCGACAUCACAGCACGCAUGACCGCAUCCGUCCACCGCAACGGCAAGCUGCUACCAGGCCGCAGCGACGAGGCAGACAUCAAGCUCGCCCUCUCAGGCUGCCACGACACGACGCUCGCAGCAGCGCUAACCUCCCUCGGUGCCUUCGGAGAGGAAAAAUGGCCCCCAUUCACAAGCCACAUCGCCUUCGAGCUCUUCCGCAAGCGCGGCGCCCCAACGCUAAGCAAAACUAUACCCGCAGCCCAGCCCAAGAGCCAGAGCUGGUGGUCCUCUCUGUUCGGCAGCGCCAAGGCCGGCAUCGCCCCGUCUGAGCCCGUGGCGAGGAAGCCGAUCGCUGAACUCACCGAGGCGCAGAGGGAUGAAUUGAAGGAGUACUACGUCCGUGUGCGAUACAAUGACAAGAUCAUGCAGGUCCCUGCUUGUAAAUCAGACGGCAAGCAUUUGCAGGGCGAUACCACGUUCUGCACGCUCGAUGCGUUCAAAUCUGUCGUGGAUCAAUACACGCCGAAGAGCUGGAAAGCCGCUUGCGGUUCAAAUUUGGAUGCUUCGGCCUUCCCUGUGAAGCCUGAGCCUGCUGGUCUGGAGUAAGGUGGGUGAAACGCAUAGAGUAUUUGCAGGGAGCAAGGCACAAAAUCGUGGGAUAGUAGUAUCAUCACAUUCAUAGAAUAUAACUGCAGGAU